ACGCCCGCACGCCCGGCCGGCCCGGCCAGGCUCGCAGCGAGCAUGGGCGCGGCGGCCGUGCGCUGGCACUUGUGCGUGCUGCUCGCCCUGGGCGCGCGCGGGCGGCUGGCGGGGGGCAGCGGGCUCCCAGGGCCAGUCGACGUGGACGAGUGCUCGGAGGGCACGGAUGACUGCCACAUCGAUGCCAUCUGCCAGAACACACCCAAGUCCUACAAAUGCCUCUGCAAGCCGGGCUACAAAGGCGAAGGCAGGCAGUGUGAAGACAUCGACGAGUGUGAGAAUGACUACUACAAUGGGGGCUGUGUGCACGAGUGCAUCAACAUCCCAGGGAACUACAGGUGCACCUGCUUUGAUGGCUUCAUGCUGGCCCACGAUGGACACAACUGCCUGGAUGUGGACGAGUGUCAGGACAACAAUGGCGGCUGCCAGCAGAUCUGCGUCAAUGCCAUGGGCAGCUACGAGUGUCAGUGCCACGGUGGCUUUUUCCUCAGCGACAACCAGCAUACCUGCAUCCACCGCUCCAACGAGGGUAUGAACUGCAUGAACAAAGACCACGGCUGUGCCCACAUCUGCCGGGAGACGCCCAAAGGUGGGGUGGCCUGUGACUGCAGGCCCGGCUUUGACCUUGCCCAAAACCAGAAGGACUGCACACUAACCUGUAACUAUGGAAACGGAGGCUGCCAGCACAGCUGUGAAGACACGGACACGGGCCCCAUGUGUGGCUGCCACCAGAAGUACGCCCUCCACUCAGACGGUCGGACGUGCAUCGAGACGUGUGCAGUAAAUAACGGAGGCUGCGACCGGACCUGCAGGGAUACGGCCACUGGCGUGCGGUGCAGCUGCCCAGUGGGAUUCACGCUGCAGCCCGACGGGAAGACGUGCAAAGACAUCAACGAGUGCCUGGCCAACAACGGGGGCUGCGACCACUUCUGCCGCAACACCGUGGGCAGCUUCGAGUGCGGCUGCCGGAAGGGCUACAAGCUGCUGACCGACGAGCGGACGUGCCAAGACAUCGACGAGUGCUCCUUCGAGCGGACCUGUGACCACAUCUGCAUCAACUCCCCGGGCAGCUUCCAGUGCCAGUGUCACCGUGGCUACAUACUCUAUGGGACAACCCACUGCGGAGAUGUGGACGAGUGCAGCAUGAACAACGGGAGCUGUGACCAGGGCUGCGUCAACACGAAGGGCAGCUACGAAUGCAUCUGCCCCCCGGGGAGGCGGCUCCACUGGAACCGGAAGGACUGUGUGGAGACAGGCAAGUGCCUUUCUCGGGCCAAGGCCUCCCCCUGGGCCCAGCUGUCCUGCAGCAAGGUGGGCGGCGUGGAGAGCUGCUCCCUUUCCUGCCCAGCCCACUCACUCUUCGUGCCAGACUCGGAAAACAGCUACAGCCUGAGCUGCGGCGUCCCGGGUCUCCAGGGCAAGAUGCCGCCGAAGCAUAACAACACCAGCUCCAGCACUGGGCCCAGCUGCUCAGGUGCGCCUGCCCCCGUCAGGCAGAAGGCCCGCUUCAAGAUCCGAGACGCCAAGUGCCACCUCCGGCCCCACAGCCGGGAGCCAGCAAAGGAGGCCCUGAGGCAGCUGCUGCUGGAAAACUGCCAUCUGACCUUUGUGACCCUCAAAUGUGACUCCUCCAAGAAGAGGCGCCGUGGCAAAAAGUCCCCAUCCAAGGAGGUGACCCACAUCACAGCGGAGUUCGAGGUGGAGACAAAGAUGGAAGAGGCGUCAGACACCUGUGAGGCGGACUGCAUGCGGAAGCGCGCCGAGCAGAGCCUGCAGGCCGCCAUCAAGACUCUGCGGAAGUCCAUCGGCCGGCAGCACUUCUCCAUCCAGGUCGCAGGCACAGAGUACACGAUGGCCCAGUGGCCGGCCAAGGCCCUGGAGGGCCAGGGGGCGUGCGUCACAGGCCAGGUGUUACAGGACGGGAAAUGCGUGGCCUGCGGGCCUGGCACCUACUUCAGCGGAGAGCCUGGCCAGUGUGUGCCAUGCGCGCCGGGGUCCUACCAGGACGGGGACGGCCAACUCAGCUGCACGCCAUGCCCCAGCAGCGACGGGCUCGGCCUGGCUGGUGCCCGCAAUGUAUCCGAAUGUGGAGGCCAGUGUUCCCCAGGCUUCUUCUCCCCGGAUGGCUUCAGGCCCUGCCAGGCCUGCCCAGUGGGCACAUACCAGCCUGAGCCUGGGCGCACAGGGUGCUUCCCCUGCGGAGGGGGGCUGCUCACCAAGCAGGAGGGCACAGUCUCCUUCCAAGACUGCGAGGCCAAAGUGCACUGCUCCCCGGGCCACCACUACGAUACCAGGACACACCGGUGUAUCCGCUGCCCGGUGGGCACCUACCAGCCCGAGUUUGGCCAGAACCACUGCAUCACCUGCCCGGGCAACACCAGCACGGACUUCGAUGGCUCCACCAACGUCACACACUGCAAAAACCAGCACUGCGGCGGCGAGCUCGGCGACUACACAGGCUACAUCGAGUCCCCCAACUACCCCGGCGACUAUCCGGCCAACGCCGAGUGCGUGUGGCACAUCUCACCGCCCCCCAAGCGCAGGAUCCUCAUUGUGGUCCCCGAGAUCUUCCUGCCCGUUGAGGAUGAGUGCGGCGACGUCCUGGUCAUGAGGAAGAGCGCAUCACCCGCAUCUAUCACCACCUAUGAGACCUGCCAGACCUACGAGAGGCCCAUCGCCUUCACCUCCCGCUCCCGGAAGCUCUGGAUCCAGUUCAAGUCCAACGAAGGCAACAGCGGCAGAGGGUUCCAAGUGCCCUACGUGACCUAUGACGAGGACUACCAGCAGUUGAUAGAAGAUAUCGUUCGCGAUGGACGGCUCUACGCCUCGGAGAAUCACCAGGAAAUUUUAAAAGACAAGAAACUCAUCAAGGCCCUCUUCGAUGUGUUGGCGCAUCCCCAGAACUACUUCAAGUACACAGCCCAGGAGUCCAAGGAGAUGUUCCCGCGGUCCUUCAUCAAACUGCUGCGCUCCAAAGUGUCCCGAUUCCUGCGGCCCUACAAAUAAUGCCCUGCUCGGGGAUGGGGGUGUCCCGACGGGGAGGGGAGAGUGCCUUCCCUCCACAGGAGAGGCUAGAAGGCGGCUCCGCGGGCCUCCACACUCCGCCUUGGGAAGCCACCACGGCGUCUGCCCUUCGGAAACACGGACCGGCCCGUGGGGGUGAGACCACGUCCAGGCCGAGACCCCGGCCCGCCGCACUCCUCGGAUGGCCCCACGGGGACAACACCGCGGCUUUUCUCCCUCGCUCCCUCUGCCUGUUCGAUUCCAGGACAGCAGCCUCUCCUGAGCGGCACUAGAGGACCCGCCCGGGGCCGGGACACCCUGUGCGCAGCCAGGUCCUGGGCAGAGAGCACAUUUGGGGAGGUGGCACGUGGCCUCACCUGACGCCUCGGGGGGUGGGGGCGUGGCUGCCUCUGCCCCCAGGCAAGCUCUGGGAGGCAUCAUCUGAGACAGGAAGCCCGGCUGCGGGAGGAGGGGUGUGGGAAGGCGUCUGGGAGCUUUGAUAAGCCAGUGUCUGCACCUGCAAGGCAUCCGCACCCCACCCCCCCUCCGGCCACGGGCCCGGGACGCAGGCGCCACGUGGUGAGGCUCUAAGGAUUCUGUGAUGGGACAGAAAAGAGCUGGUAGCGGAGGAAACUGUAGAUUUGUGCUUUCCUUUGAUAGAGCAUCUAAUUAAGUACUAUAUAUAUAUAUAACUAUAAAUAUAAAUAUAAUAUACUUCUAUUUGUGGGUACUUUAGGAAAAUCCUCUUUAGUAACUAUAAAUAUGAAAUGCAACCCCACCUCUUCCCUCACAGGCUGUUGCCAGCAUCCCUGAGUGAUUAACCACCCCGCCAGGUGCUUGCCACCGGUUUAUGUGGGGCCGGGAGCCUGCAGGAUGGGGAGAAGGCAGGCUGGUUCUGGACACACUCUGGAAUACAUAUUUUUGGGGAACUAGGCUCCGAUGCUUUGCUGGAAUGUUGCCCUCAGAUACAAUAUGGUAGAAGGCAGUUUCCCCUUGGGCCCUUUCCUGUGGGUACAGGAGCCCAGCAGUAAACCUUGAAAGGGGCCUGUGCUGACCCUGAGGCCAUGACCUUGGGGUCUGUGCCGUGGCCUCAUGCCACAGGAAACAAGGCCUUGCCCACGUGAGCACAGGCUGUGCCACCGCGAGAGGCCUCAGAGGGCAGGUGGCCAGCAUCCGAGGCCGGGCCCCGAGAGGGCUGUCUUCUUUCUGCCGCGCCACACUGCGCCCCUCGGAGAGUCUGUCUUUAAAGAAGAGAAGUCCAGAGUCUGACCCGGUUGCAUGGUGUCCCCCUCAGCCAGGAAGCCUGCCCCGGGAUAGAGCCAGAAAAGUUCCCGCGGCGCUGAGGCCUCGACUGCCGGCCGACUGCCAAAGAGACAUGCGUAGGAAGCGGUCUGUAUCUUUAGGGUUAACAAAUGUUCACAAUUCCAAGAAACGUGGGAGAAUCUUAAAAUGAAGCCCAGCCACCCGUCCCAGGUGCCCCUAGGCUGUGUCCUCCUCGUGCCCCCACGGACCCACGCUGAGCGAAGGGCACAGUUUGAGACCCGUCCAUGGCACGCUGCGGAUGGUGAAGCCUGGGGCCGGGCGAGUGGGGUCUGGGGGUCGAUGACAAGGCAGGCCGGGACAGUUUCACAAUCCAGAACAGGGCUGGGAGCUCAGAAAUCGUUCCCUGCCGCCGCCCACGUCAGCAACGGCAAGUCCCCAGUUUGACAAACGCUCUGCCGCCAGCGCCUUUUCUGCCAACAUCCAACUCAGGUCGGGAAGGGGCCUGGUGGGCAGAUCAGUGUGAGCCCUGAGCCCUGUCUGGGCCCACACCACCCUCCCCCGCUCACGGGCCGUGAAGGCCAGCCUCGGUCUCCAGCAAGACGCCUGUCUUCCCUCCCAAGCCAUUGCGCAUCCCCAGAAAUUAGACGAGUGUCCUCCAGAACGGCCCCGAACAGCAACCACCCAGGCGAGGGGACAGGGAGGGGCUUUUUAAUAAUGUUCUCAAAACAGGACCAGAAGGGCUCUAACCUUUCUUGAAUGCUUCCUGCUGCCCCUCUGGGUGGUUUCGGGCAGUCGCCACCCACAAACCGCCCUAAAACACGGGCCUUUCCAGUGGGAGCCCACCCAUGUCCCGUGGCUCUCCCCACCACUGUGGUCAGACGGGCCCGGUGUUCCCCCAACAGAGCAGGACAGAUGUGGGGCCCCUUGCCCUCACAAGUACCAGGAAGCCACCCCAAUUUGCCAGCUGCCGGCACAUCGCCAUCAGCACCCCCCACCACCAGGGGCACUCAGUCCAGGAUGGGGUUUGUCCUUCAUCUCGAUGUCAGCCCUGAGCCCCACCCUGGGGAACUUGAGGGUCCCACUGUUAAAGCCAGCGCUGUCCCCGGUCGUCGGAGCCUGGUGGCCAUGGGAGAGCUUCCUGGGCAACAAAGCACAUUUGUCCAUGUUCCCGUGUUGUGGAAGCUGGUGGCAGGGCUCGAGAUGUGGAGGGGCUGAGCCAGAAGGAGCACACCCCCCUCGUGGAUGGGACAUUGGCCUUGAGCAGCCCCAGCCCAGCCACCGUCGCCCCUCGCCUGGCACGGACCCUCGGCUGCUGGCCAGUCAAUAAACUCCAAGGAAGAGAGCUAAGGAAGAGGCUUCUGGAAGCAAAAGCUUGCCCAGUCGGCCGGGACUGAAAGGGGCCAAGGCCUGGAAGUCCUGAGGAGCUUGGCUCUGCUCCUCGUGGGGUGGCCGGGGACGCUCUCGGAGGAUGGCAGUGGAAGACCGAGGGGCGCCCCCCCGCACCAGGUGCCCGAUGACGGCGGUCAGGUGGGACCCAGGAGUGGCGGACCUGGAAGAAGCCCUCUGCCCCACACCCCCUGGCGUCUCCCGGCUCUCUGCUUCCAUGGAAACAUGCGGAGGAAAAGAAGAGACUCUGCCUCGGGCCCAGUGGCCAGCUGGGCCCUCAGCGAGUGAGUGCUGGGGUCACCUCAUCUGCCUCCGAAUUAGGCUAUUUUCCCAGCUACGCUCUUGCCUGAGCCAGGGCCUUGCAGCCGUGGUGUUGUGCUGGCCUCUCCCCCCGCCCCGGGCUCUCCACGUAGUCUCAACUCGCCCCAGCAGGUGGCCUGGGCCAGUGGUGGUGACCUCGCUCUGCCCAGCUCUAGCUCCCCAGGGGCAGUCUUUGCCAGUCCCUCCUCACCUCUGUGGCGACAGAAUCAAGGGCCGUGGGGCCCAAGGUGGCGGCCUCAGACAGCUUUCCCUUCUGCCGUCCGUUGGUUUGGGACAUGCAGAUGAAGUAGAACCGUAACCUGGGCCAGAAAGUCACCAGAGACAGAUGGCCCCAAGAGGCUGCUUCUGAGAGCCCAAAGACAGAACUUCUUUCCCUCAACCUCUUAAAACCAUGUUUCCUACCAGAACAUUCAUUCCCCGGGGGACACGGCCAAGAUCAGCCAUUUUCCACGACAAUAGGCCCCAGCCUGCUGGAGCUAGAGUGGGGGUCUGAGUGACAUUUGGGGGGUUGGAUAAUUAUGCAAAGGUCUCCACCCACCACCCUCAGCAGGAAAAUAAGAUACUGAGCUAAGGUAGGUCAUUUAGCAAACAUUUGCUGAGCGCUUACUGUGUGCCAGGCUCCUAGGAAGGAGGAGAGACCACAGCCAUGGGGCUGGCAGAAUCCCCGGCAAAGUCCCUCUUGGUCUCAGAGAUAAAGGAGAUUGAGGCUGGCCUGGGGGUGGACAGAGCCCAGUGCUCCUCCGGAGAAGGCACUCCGUCCUUCCAGCGCCUCCCAGCGCCCCGGGUGGGGAUGGAGGGCCUCGACAGAGGGCAGAGCCGAGCAGGGGUCGCCAGAGGCAUCCCGAAGUCCAUCUCCCAAAGGAGGAACUGCCGCCCGCCCGGCCUCACCAUGUGGCCGCCCUCCCCCCAAACCCCGGCAGAGAGCGACGCGGAGAAGAGCGCAGCCAC